GCCGAGCGCCUAAAAAGAGAACCCUGAAAGCUGAUCGGGCCCUCGCUCCGCUUUAUGCGAGAACAGGAAGUCAGAUCACAAAGCGACGAGGGAAAUUUAGAGAAAGGGGGAAGGGAACAGAAAAUUCUUUGCAUAGCCAGCGCCAGAUUGAGUGCAGGAGAGCUGAGCGAUGGUCGCUGCCCCUGCGGGGUCAGGGCUGCGUUCAGCUGGCGGUGGGCGAGGAGUGACAUCACGUGAAGUUUCGUGGCUUUUCCAGCGUGGAAAUGAGUCAGAAACUUAAGCGAAGGCUUGAAAAUCGCUGACAUGAGGCAACCUGCCCAAGGAUGCAGCACUGCUCCUGAAUCAGCACUUGAGCUGAAGCAGAUCAGUCAUUGUCACAGCCUUUCAAAUCUUACCCAGGUCACAAUGGUGCCACUGGGGCACCUGGCCAAAGGGGCAACUUUGGAAGAUCUUCUUGAAACCUGCAUUCAGUCUUUUGAUUUAGAAGGAAACGCUUAUCAGAACAACCAGCUGCUAAAGAUGAUUCUGACCAUGCACCAGUUUUUCAUCUCCUCUGCAGACAUGCUCCAGAAACUUGUUGAUCUAUAUCCUUUUGCUUUAGAAAAGAAAUCUUCCAUGCUGUGUGUAAAGAUAUGCUAUUUUGUGAGGUAUUGGAUUACAGAGUUUUGGGUUAUGUUCAAAAUGGACUCUAAACUAUCCACAACUAUGGAGGAAUUUCAAGAACUGGUUAAAGCUAAUGGUGAGGAGUUACACUGUCGUCUAAUUGACACAACUCAAAUAAAUUCCAGGGACUGGUCUAGAAAGCUGACACAGCGUGUAAAGGCUAACACCAGUAAGAAACGGAAAGUUUCUCUACUUUUUGAUCACCUUGAGCCAGAGGAGCUGUCAGACCACCUUACCUAUCUGGAAUUUAAGUCUUUCAGAAGAAUAUCAUUCUCAGAUUAUCAAAACUACAUUGUGAAUAGUUGUGUGAAGGAGAAUCCAACGAUGGAAAGAUCAAUUGCUCUUUGCAAUGGUAUCUCUCAGUGGGUGCAGUUAAUGGUUCUCAGUAGACCAACACCACAGCUUCGAGCUGAAGUAUUCAUCAAGUUCAUUCAUGUUGCACAGAAGCUUCACCAGUUGCAGAAUUUCAAUACGUUAAUGGCAGUGAUAGGAGGUCUCUGUCACAGUUCCAUUUCCAGACUCAAGGAAACAAGCUCAUGUGUUCCUCAUGAUGUAACUAAGGUGUUUAAUGAAAUGACAGAAUUGCUUUCAUCUUACAAAAACUAUGACAGUUAUCGACGUGCCUAUAACGAGUGCACUAACUUUAAGAUCCCAAUCCUUGGGGUCCACCUGAAAGACUUGAUAUCGCUUCAUGAGGCCAUGCCAGACUACUUAGAAGACAAGAAAAUUAACAUAUACAAACUGUACUCUCUGUAUAACCACAUAAAUGAGCUGAUACAACUCCAGGAAAUGCCACUUCCCCUGGAGGCUAAUAUGGACCUUGUUCAUUUGCUUACACUGUCCCUUGAUCUGUACUACACAGAAGAUGAAAUUUACGAGCUUUCAUAUGCACGAGAGCCAAGAAGUCACCGAGCUGCGCCUUUGACACCUUCUAGACCACCAGUAGUUGCAGACUGGGCCUCAGGAGUAGCCCCAAAACCUGAUCCAAAAACCAUCAGCAAACAUGUUCAGAGGAUGGUGGAUUCUGUCUUCAAAAAUUAUGACCAUGAUCAGGAUGGAUACAUUUCUCAGGAAGAAUUUGAAAAGAUAGCAGCCAGUUUUCCAUUCUCAUUUUGUGUAAUGGCUAAAGACUGGGAAGGUCUGAUUAGCAGGGAUGAAAUAACUGCUUACUUUAUGAGGGCUAGCUCAAUCUAUUCCAAAUUAGGACUUGGGUUUGCUCACAACUUCCAAGAGACUACUUACUUAAGGCCUACUUUCUGCGACAACUGUGCUGGAUUUCUUUGGGGAGUCAUAAAACAAGGAUACAGAUGCAAAGACUGUGGAAUGAAUUGCCACAAGCAAUGCAAAGACCUGGUUGUGAUAGAGUGCAAGAGAAGACCCAAAACUUCAGUCCCAGACAGCAGCCCAACAUCUGCUCUUGCUUCAAGCCUCUGCACACUAGGGGUCAAAGAGCAAUUCCAUGGACAAGAAGAAGGACCAUUCACGUUUCCUAAUGGAGAAGUAGUGGAACACAAUGAAGGCAGCAAAGACCGAACCAUUAUGCUGAUGGGUUCCUCAGCUCAGAAAAUCUCAGUAAGACUGAAACCAGCUGUGGUUCAUAAAGGUACACAGACUGAUUCUGUACUGCUGUUUGGUGAUGUAUCUCACAGGCAGACAGAGAAGAAAGAAAGGUUACCAGAAAAUCCUUAUCUCCAGCCUACUCCACCAUCCCCAUGUCCAAGCCCACUACUAAGCCGCAAAAAGGCAUAUGUUAAAUGGGAAAACAAGGACUCCAGCCAGAAAAUGAAGGAGGAGCAUCACAGCUAUAAACCCUCAUACCACGAACUUGAGCAGGAAAGAAAUAUUCUAAAGGCAGACAAUGAAGGUUUAAAGAUCCAGCUGGAGCAGGCACAUAAAACAAUCGAAUCUCUUACAAUCCAGAGAAGAAAUCAUGUAGUUGAUGACCUACAGCACAGAGACUGCUCCUAGCAGAAAAGGGGAAGAUCCCUAUGGAAGAAUGGAAGACUGAAGGUGUGACAAAGCUGCUUUACCAAGUGAUCUGGAGAGCUAGUCCAAAGGAUUUUAAACAGAAAUGCUCUCCUUAUUCUGUACACUUCUGUAUUAGAAAUACACUCUUAAGUGUAUAAAUGAAUUCCUUUGACCUUUUUAAGGUAAUUUAGCAUCAUCUGCAUGAUGAAAAUCAUAUCUUCUGGGAUUGCUUUUAAAAGGAGUGACACUGUUCCUGAAGUUUAUGUUCAUGACGGAUUCCACAGUGAGUUCGCUGCAGGCAGCACACGUUACUCUACAAGUGUUCUGACAAUGUAGCUACUCAUAAGACUAUCACCUCAGAUUUGGUCCAAAUUCAGGUUUGUAGAAACAUGAUCAAUAAAGCUAAGCAUUUAAGUAAAACUGCAGAAAUAUUCCAUUAAGAGAGAGAGUUCCUUCUCAUUGUGUCUAAAAACAAUUAAAAUUAUUAAGUGGACUGUGGCCUUUAUUUCUGAAGUUUAGCAAAAAUAUUAAAAUAAGUAAACCUAAUGAUAUUUGAUUACUUGAUUCUUAGGCUUUGUUAGGGUAAACUGACAAAUGUUUUAAAACUCCUUCAGAGCUUUGUAGUCCUGCUGCUCAAAUGCUUACCUUUGUUAAGGUAAAAUAUGAGACUUAAGAGUUUAGAGUGAACACUGCUUCCAUUUUUGUGGAAAUGAGCCCUACUUAUUCAGCUUAAAGGAUAGCUUGCUGUCCCUUUACCAUAAAUAUGGGACAAAGUUGAUUAUUUUUUUGUAAUGUCAAAUGACACCAGUGUUGCAACAUCUGAGUACAACCUUAAAGGCCAUAUUAUGAGGGAAACUGUAUAGUAAUCCCAGUGCAACAGAUAAUGUAUUUCUGAGCUUCUAACAUCUUACAGCUCUAACCGGGAUUUUCCAUUAUCUUUCUCAUAGCUUUCACAUGCACUUUAUCUAAAGAGUCAAGCUGACCAUGCUCUCAUGUGUAUAAAUUUUGUAUAGUGAAAGGUGCUAGGGAGGUAACAGUUUUCUUAAUGCUAUUAAGUGUUCAUACUGGCAAAAGAUGACAAAACAGCGUUUCAAGUUACUGGUAUAUUUGUCAGAAUAGUCAAUUUUAAAAUUGCAUUUGCGUUUCAAGGUAAUUCUUACACUUACAGUUGUAUAAAACUCACUUGCAUUUAUCAAGCAGGCAUUUCUCAUCAUACAUGUAAACAGCAGAAAGUUAAAACUUGAUAUAUUUAUUAAUAACGUAUACUUAAUGCUCUUCAAAACUUGCAAGUUACUUUACAAACUACAUUAUAGAUUGAAUUUUUAGUUGACCCAUUAUAAUAGCAUGCGUGCUUUGUGUUCAAAGUGGCAUAAGUGUAUGUUCUAUCUCUAGUUUACAGUCAUUAAUUGUCAAGUAUAUGAAUGCUUUACUUACUGUUUAAAAAAAAGACCAUUGGAAACUACUUAGCAGUUUACUGGUUCUAAAUCCUUGUUUAGCAUUUGGAUUGUGCUUGUACCUCCAUGACUGGUAGGAGACAGUAGUAGUAGUAGUACUAGUAGUAAUGGAGUUUGUUAUUUACUGUAAAUAAAUAUGGUAUGUAAAGAGUUGAAAUGCAUAUGACAAAAAAUAGCAGCUGUGAAGAUUGUGCAACUUUUGUUCCUCAUACACUAAACCUGAAUUAUUAACAGUUAACACGUAAUUGCACUUUGAUUAGUGAAGCAGUCAAAAUGGCUUUCAGGUCAUGUUUGUAAACUUGCUUUGCCAAUUUUCUGUAAGCUUCUUGAUAUUUGUCCUCUGUGCAGGACUACAGCAAGGAGAAUUUUUGAUAUGCAUUUAGCAAACAAAAGUCUAUUUCUGCAACAAAUAAAACAAACAGGAUAAAUACUUAAUAUAUUUUCAUGUAUUUGGAAAAUACCUUCAAAGAGCAACAAAGACUGGUAAAUCCUGUUGUGCAGCUAACUGCUUGCUUAUGCUCUGGACUCUGGAUUCUAAUAGAAUUUCUGUAUGUGUAUAUAUAUAUAUAUACUUUGUUCAUUUCCUCCCCUCCCUCUCCAAAGUAGACAAACUAAUGUCAACAGCUGGCCCAAAGGCCAGCGUUAGUUACUAUGUUACAGAGUACUAAGGUUUAGUACUUAAUGCUUAAAAUUGAGUUAAGACCAUAUUUGUACAGUCGUAAAUGUUAACAUUUCUCUCUGUCAUUCUAUUGUUCCUACAAACAGUUUGAAUGAUUUACAACACCUAUUUGCAGGAACGUCUUACAGAACCAGUAUAUGGUGCUUCAUGUGUGCUGAAAGCUUCCUGCUUCAAAUGACUUGGUUGAUACCUGGAAAACUUGAGAGCUCUUCAACUACCUUCAGGUUCUAUGUUUGCCAAAAUCCCUUUACAAUCUUUUUUUGUUGUUGUUGUUUUUUUUUUCCCCUGUUUUGGUGAUAGUCCCUUCUUAUUACUUUUGGGACUUUGAUUUUGAUGCAUGAAAGACUUGUGCUAAUAGCAAAAACAGACUGUACUGAGAUACUGCUGAAACCAGCCGAGCUAUGAGCAAAUAUCACAUGCAUCUCUGUUAACCUUAAUGCUCCUCCUCUAUGCUAGGAAAAAAAGAUACAGUUAAACUACCAAGUGCUGUUUAAAGUCUUAUCAGCAAACAGUGACAUUGAACACCACUUAUAAUUUAUCUUGUAAUAAAAAUGAAAAGCACUUACCUUUAUGCUUUCUCCAGGCUCAGCUGUGUUUCAUGUACGUACAGGAAGGAAGAAAAAAUGAACACCCCCGCCCCAACUACUGUUUAUUUUUAAGUAUAAAUUCUGAUCCUCUAAAGAUAAAGUAGACUGAAUAAUAUAAAAAUGAAAAUGGCAGAGCUACUUUUAAUAUUCAAAUUAAAGACAACUGCAUUUAAAGUAGCUUAGAAAUGCUUUUGAAAAUAUCAAAGCUACCUUUUAGAAUUUUUUAUUAUAGCAGCAGUCUGUUAUUCUGUUGUAACUGAUCUCUACAGCAACUUGAAAAGUUUUUGUUUUAAUGCUAUUAAAGAAGAUUGAAAAAGUGUACAGAUUGUAAAGAUUUUAUAUAUAAGUGUAAGAUUUUGGUUUAAUAUUUAUAAUAGAAAAAAAUAUUAAAAUUGCACAUUGCCUCUGCGUUUCUAUCUGAAAAAUCUUAACAACCUAAAUUCAUUUUCCUCGAUUCUGUUAUCUGGGACACUUCUGGGACUAACCUAGUGUCUGAGUUUCUACUCUCUGUUGCACCUGAGACCAUUGAGAAUGCUCGGGAAGCUAGGCCUGCGUAGAUUAUUCUCUCAGUAUUUUAGUGGUUGAGAAGCUACAGACACUGUUUCUGCCACUCUAAUGUUCCAAGUAUUGCAAAGCACAAUAUCCUAUUAAUUCUGAAAAGAUUUAACAGCAUGAUAAAAAAGUUUAAACAAGUCUUCUGCAAUUCCUACUAAGGCUGGCUAUUACACAGACAACAUCACAGCACCCUGAAGAUUUACUAUUUACCUUACAGCAAAACUCAAAUACCGCAUCUCAAAGCCAUUUUUUAUGUGAGGUAUUGAACAUCAAAAUAUCUGACAGAGGGGAGGCAAGAACAAGUUGUGUUUUGUUUCAGAAUUACAGAAAUUAAAAAUUGAAAGCUUCACAAAUAAUUAGAAGUUAUUUCCUUAAUUUACAUAAAGACGAUAGUAACAAUCAUGUAGACCUAUGCUUUUUGUCCUGUUUUGGACACUGACACUUUCAAAUGAGACAAUACAAUUGGGAUGUAUCUGGAAUCUGUCCUGUCU